AUGGAACUCCAUAAGGUUCUCCUUAGCCUGACUAUUUUGUGCAUCGCGGUGUCAUUGAGUAACGGAGCCUGCUUCCAUGACCUUCCCAAACACGGGAUUAAAGAUGGUUGCCUCGAUCCAUAUAACAAAGAAAAACAUCCCUUUGGAUCUAAGUGGAACUCUGAUAAAUGCAUGACAUGCACUUGUGAUCGUACAAUACUUUCGUGCUGUACCAGAUAUACCUCUGAACCACAUGUCCAGGGAUGCAAAGCAGUUCUUGAUAAAAGAACAUGUAAAUACAAACAUUAUAAGGUCGAUAAUCCUUCAGAGCUAUGUUUCUAA